AUGUCCCACGCUUUCUCACUCUCAAAAACCUCAACUCGUUCUUCUUUCACUUCUGCCGGUUUUGCACCUCAUCUGAUUCCAAUUCCGGCAUCUGAAAGUGAUCCUUUAUUGACGGACCUAGAAAUUUAUACACUACGUUAUCAACAUGCUGGAUCGACUAAAGAACCUCUCUUACUUAUCCAUGGACAUCCACAAAACUUAUCCAUUUGGCAUAGAGUUGCUCCAAUCUUGAGCAAACAAGCUGAAAGAGAUAUCGUUUUGGUGGACUUGCGCGGACAUGGUCACUCAACCGUACCGCGGGUAAGGAAUUUCAUCAGACUUGGACACACACAUGAUGAUCGAAGGGAAAAGGAUGAAGAACGUAUUCCCCAAGAAGAGAUCUUACGUGCUCGGUACUCUAAACGUGAGAUGGGACGUGAUUUUGUUCAAGCAAUGAAACAGCUGGGAUAUGAUAAAUUUGCGGUCGUGGGACAUGAUCGAGGAGGCAGAGUUGCACAUAGGAUGGCAAUUGAUCAUCCCAAAGUAGUCACAAAAGUGAUGACGUUGGAUAUCGUACCAACGUAUGACCUAUACACAAAAGCCGAUGCCAGAUUUGCAAUGGCCUAUUGGCAUUGGUUCUUCCUUAUUCAAGAUUAUCCAAUGCCAGAAGAAUUGAUUGUUCAUUCACCUAAAUCGUACUUGGAUAAAAUGGUAACCCGUUUCCCGCGUACUAAAGGAGAGACAGAAGAUAAGAACGAAUCAGAAGACGAAGAGUUAUUCCCCCAAGAUAUUCUCAAAUCUUAUUUGUCCAACCUUUCUUCUCCGCCACGUGUUCAUGCAAUGUGUGAAGAUUAUCGUUGUUCAGCACCUGGAGGAAUUGAUUUUGAACAAGAUGAAGACGAUCGCAAGAGAGGCAAGAAGCUUACUCAACCAUUUAGAGCAUUAUGGGGUAAACGUGGAUUAAAUCAAAUUUUGUUUGGUGAUCAAGGUCCAAUAGAUUUAUGGCAAAAUGUUUGUGAACAAAAAGUUACAGGAAAAGGAAUUGAUUGUGGGCAUUAUAUGCCAGAAGAAUCACCGAAGGAGAUUGCGGAAGAUAUCCUAGCUUUCUUUGCUUGA